CGUCCUCCCUCUGUAAAACAACACACAGAACCGUCCAGACAACCAGGUGGACCUCCGGCGCAGGGGGCAUCCGAAAUGAGAGUAGGCCUUCGACACAGUGGACCGAGAAGCAUUGCUCAACAAUUUCGAGCCUGGAAUGGAUACGUGACUGUAAACAGGAAGAGCUCAGGAAUGGAGGAGACUGUUUGGGAGCAGCACACUGUGAACCUACAAAGGGACUCCAAGAUGGGGUUUGGUAUUGCCGUGUCGGGGGGACGGGACAACCCCAACGUGGAUAACGGAGAGAUGUCAAUCAUCGUGUCAGACGUCCUACAGGGUGGACCAGCCGACGGACUCCUGUUUGAGAAAGAUCGUGUGAUCCAGGUCAACUCCAUCCUCAUGGACAACGUGCCUCAUUCCUUCGCUGUGCAGCAGUUACGCAAAUGUGGGAAGACCGCCAAGAUAACGGUGAAGAGACCUCGGAAGGUGGCUCUCCACUCCCUGAAGCACCCCCCCUCCCCCGGCGGCGAAAGUCGAGACUUCGGCACCACCCGUUACUACGAUGCCGAUGACAACCAGAGUGACGGUGGCUGGCAACGUGGCAACGGUGGGACCGGUUACACCCACGAGCCUCGUGACCUCACCCCCGACAACAAGAACUACCUGGACCCCGACUACGGCAGCCGCGGUAAUCGGGGGAGGAGCCGGGGGAGGAGCCAGGAGAGGGCAUCGCCGAGCCCCGAGCAUCGCCGCGACAACAGCAAGGGGCGGGCCUUGGACCGGGAGCCGCCCAGUCCCGAGAGGCUGCGGUAUCCACGGGAACGCAGCCGGGGGAGGAGCACGGACCGGGAGAGAGGGGGAGGAGGGAGUCCAGGUGGGAGGAGCUACGGCCGGGACGACAGUUACGAGCGUGGAGGGGGGAGGUACGGGGAUGUGGGAGGUACUGGAGGGAGGAUGGUGAAGAGUAAGAGUAGAGACCAACUCCAGGAGCCUUCCUCCCCGGACCUCCCAAGAGGAGGAGGAGGCGGAGGAGGAGCUAGAGACCUGGAGCCCCUGGAGAAACCUGUUAACGUCCUGCUGGUCAAGAACAGACCCAACGAAGAGUACGGUCUGCGCCUGGGCAGUCAGAUCUUCAUCAAGGAAAUGACCAGUACAGGACUGGCUACCAAGGACGGAAACUUACAGGAGGGAGACAUCAUUCUCAAGAUCAAUGGGACAGUAACAGAGAACCUGUCUCUGAACGAUGCAGGGAAGCUCAUUGAGAAGUCUAGAGGAAAACUCCAGCUGGUCAUCCAGAGAGACCGGAGACAGAUCCUCAUCCGUAUCCCGCCCCUCGUCGACUCUGACUCCGAACCUGACGAUAUUUCAGAGAUGGAGUCCUACCAUUCCUACUCUCCCCAGGAGGACAGGAGAUCUCGCCACUCUGACCUCUCCUCCCAUUCCUCUAAUGAGAGAGACUACCCCAGACCUCUAACCAGCCUGGAAGACUCUCCAAGGGUAGCCAAGAUGUCUGCCAUGGCCUCACCUUUCAGGCUUCCCCCGCUACAGGACCCCCCCGCCCCGGGCCCUGCCACCCUGGAAUCAGAGGGUCCGCCACGCCUCGACGAACCACCAGCGUCAGCAAAGACCACUCCUAAGAUUCUGCUACGUCCCAGCCCAGAGGAGGAAGAGCUCUACGGGGCUAACACGGUGAUGGUGAGUUUCCAGAAGGGGGACAGUGUGGGUCUGAGGCUGGCGGGGGGCAACGAUGUGGGCAUCUUCAUCGCUGGCAUCCAGGAGGGCAGUCCUGCCGAGGAGGAGGGCCUACGCACUGGAGACCAGAUCAUAAAGGUGAAUAAGGUAGAGUUCCGAGGCAUCGUGAGAGAGGAGGCUGUUCUCUGUCUGCUGGAGAUUCCUAAAGGAGAGGACGUCACCAUACUGGCCCAGAGUAAACCUGAUGUCUACAAUGACAUCCUGGCGUCGGGUCGUGGAGACUCCUUCUUUAUCAGGACUCAUUUUGAGUAUGAGCGGGAGGCCCCCCAGAGCCUGGCUUUCUCCAGAGGGGAGAUCUUUAAAGUGGUGGACACCCUCUACGAUGGCAAGCUGGGCAACUGGCUGGCCAUCCGCACCGGCAAGGACAAACAGCUGCUAGAGAAGGGCAUCAUCCCCAACAAGAGCAGGGCUGACCAGAUGGCGAGCGUCCAGAACUCCCAUAAGGCCGCUGGGACGGACCGGGCUGACUUCUGGCGUCUGAGGGGUCAAAGGGCAGCCAAGAGAAAGGAGCUGAGGAAGAGCAGAGAGGACGUCAGCGCUACGCCCGUCGCCACACGCUUCCCCGCGUACGAGAGAGUCGUGCUCCGAGAGGCUGGUUUCAGACGUCCUGUGGUUCUGUUUGGACCUAUAGCUGAUGCAGCCAACGACAAGCUUGCUAACGAGCUGCCUGACCUGUUCAUCAUUGCCAAAACGGAGCCUAAAGAUGCCGGUUCAGAGAAAUCCUCAGGAGUAGUGAGACUCAACACCAUCCGCCAGAUCAUAGAGCAGGACAAGCAUGCCCUGCUGGAUGUGACUCCCAAGGCGGUGGACACUCUGAACUACAGCCAGUGGUACCCCAUCGUCAUCUUCUUCAACCCAGACAGUAAACCAGGAGUUAAGGCCAUGAGGCAGAGGGUGAUACCUGGAUCCAACCGCUCGGCACGCAAACUAUACGAACAAGCUGUCAAACUGAGGAAGACCUGUUCUCACCUCUUCUCUGCUACUAUUGAGUUGAACUCGGUCAACGAUGCGUGGUACGGCAGUGUCAAGGACUCUAUCAGAGAGCAACAGACUCAGGCUGUCUGGGUGUCUGAGGGGAAGGUAAACACACUCACCAUGGACCGAGAUCUCCAUGAUAACUUCCUGUUAUGUCAGCCAUGUCCCGACUACCUGAGCAUGGAUAGCCGACUGGCCAGUGACUAUGAUGACACGGUCGGACGAGGGGCGGGGCUUUGCUACGGAUCAGAUAGGACAAUGAACUUCCUUUUCAAUGCCCUGUCAGAUAGUGAUAACUUCCUUUCCUCUGAGCCCGUACUUGCAGAGGAGAUACUGCGCAGGUGCAGUCCAGAUAUCCGUGGUGGCAUCAGGAGGGUGGGCAGCAGGGAGGUGCUCAGCAGUGCCAGCCCAACACACGUGUUUGUACCUGACCCCCCCAAGGUGAAGCUGUUGUUCAGGGAUGAGGUAGUCCCUCCCAGGGGGGUAGUAGGGGCAUACGACCCCCCCCCCAGCCGUGGCUACGACUCCCACUCCUCCAGUCCUGCCAGCAACGACCCCCCUCCUCUCCCUCGCUCCCUCAACUCCUUCGGCAAGGCCAAGCCCCUGGCACUGCAGCCCCCCGUCACCCUCAAACCCUCCUAUAAUAUCCAGGACACCACCAGCAGCACAGCCCCAGUCACAGUGGCCCCUAUGGGCCCGGAGGAACCAGAGGAGAACCCUGAGGACCCCAGCCUCAGGUCAUUCCUGGGGAAAGUCAAGGCCUUUGAGAAGAUGGACCACUUUGCACGCGCUCAGAGGAUGCUGGAGCUGCAGGAGGCACAGAACGCCAGGUUGGAGAUAGCUCAGAAGCACCCAGAUAUCUAUGCUGUCCCCCUGAAGACCCAGAAACUGGACCACAGCCGGCCUCAGCCUAUAGGGUAGGAGCACAACAUGGGAGUGUUUUU